GAGAGAGAGGACGAGAGAGCGAGAAGACGAAGGAAAGUGGAUGAAAUGGUCAGCAUAAAAGAAAGUCCAGAAAUAAAGUUGUCAGAGAAGCACGGUGAGAGAUGUUAAAGGUGCUUUGGUGAUCGGGGUGCUUAGUCAGGGCCUGGAUAUGGAGAGUCUCACACCUGAGAAUCACAGACGCUUCCACUGGAGCGGAUGGAGGAACUUGCUGCUACCGCAGUUGAACAGACGCUCGCUUUAUGUCUACGGCAGUGAGGUGGCUGUGGAGAAGGAGUGCAUGAGACAGAAACAAGAGGGUGUAUUUGUCAUUCAUCCCUUCAGUUCUUUAAGGAGUUACUACAUCAUGUGUAUGGUGGCCAUAACAUUCCUGAAUCUGAUUGGCAUUCCAAUGGAAAUUGCCUUUUUAGACGGAAACAGCGGAGUUGGGUGGGAAGGCUUUAAUGUCUUCUCUGACACUCUGUUUCUCAUUGACGUAGGGCUUAACUUUCGCAUGGGUAUCAUUACCGAGGACAGCGAGGGAGCUAUUCUUGAUCUGAAAAGCAUUCGACAACACUAUUUAAAGAGCUGGUUUGUUCCUGAUAUGGUGGCAGCAUUCCCAGUUGGAUACAUAUUACUAUUUGCGGGUCUGCAGUACCGUGGUGACUCUCCAUCAUCCAGAGCAAACAAAAUGAUGCGCAUCUUGAUGUUCGUGAGAAUCCUCAGUCUUGUCCGUCUGCUGCGUGUGUCCCGGCUUGUUCGGUUUUUCAAUGAGGUAGAGAAAGUUUCAAAUGCUAACCUGGAGGUGAUGAGGUUAUUCCUGCGGAUCUUGUCUUUAUUUAUGAUGAUUUUCCUGCUUUGUCAUUGGAACGGCUGUAUUCAGUAUUUCGUACCUAUGCUUGAAGAGUUCCCAUCGGACUGCUGGGUUAGAAGAGAGAAAUUAAUGAAUGCCACAGUGGGAGAGAAGUAUUCUUUUGGAGUUUUUCGGGCCCUCUCUCAUAUGACUGCAAUAUCAUAUGGUUCCUCUGACACACCAACAAAUGAUGUUGAGCUAUGGAUCGUCAUGACUAGCAUUGUGUCUGGUGCAAUCAUGUACACUGUUAUGGUCGCCAACACCGCUGCUUUAAUGACUGAUGUGGACAUUACAGCAAAGGCUUAUAAAAACAAGAUGAAUCAUCUGGAAGAUUAUAUGACUUUUAUGAAGCUUCCCAAAGCCCUGCGUAUGCGCAUUAACAGCUACUACCAGUCCCGUUAUGCAGGAAAAUGGUACGAUGAGAAGGAUGUCCUGAAGUGGGUGUCCUCAUCUCUCAGAGAGGAAAUUUUGAUCAACAUGUGCUCGGACCUCGUGAGAAAAGUUCCUAUAUUCCAAAACUGUGAUAUAAACUUCACCAAUAGCAUUCUGCAGGAGCUUCAGUAUGAGGUCUACCAGGAUGGUGACUUUAUAAUCUGUGAGAAUGCUCCUGGUGACCGCAUGUUCUUCAUUGAACGCGGUCAGGUCCUUGAAAAGAAUCCAUUUUUCCAGAGGGAACUGUGUGAUGGAGACUAUUUUGGAGAGUCGUGUCUCCUAACCAAAGAAAAGCAUUAUGCCACGGUACAAGCUCAGACUACCUGCCAGCUCUUUUCCUUGUCAGUGGGUCACUUUCAACGCGUCCUGAAAGACUUUCCUGAGAUCAAGAGGGACCUGGAGUCAUCUCAACAGGAUAAAGACCUUCUGUUAUGAAGAUCAUCAUUCAUUUGGAUCAUUUGGAUCUGUACAAUGAACUUUAAUUGGCUUAACAAUUGUACUAUUACUGCACAUGUAAAAGAUCAGGACUACAAUCCUGAAAGGUAGAAGUCGCCUUAUAAUAAUAACAUCUCUUUAUAGCAAUAGACAUUAAAGGGACACUCCACUUUUUUUGAAAAUAUGCUCAUUUUCCAGCUCCCCUAGAGUUAAACAUUUGAUUUUUGAAAUACAUUCAGUUGAUCUUCGGGUCUGGCGCUAGCACUUUUAGCAUAGCUUAGCACAUUCCAUUGAAUCUGAUUAGACCAUUAGCAUCGCACUAAAAAUAACGAGAGUUUGGGUAUUUUUUCUAUUUAAAACUUGACUCAUCUGUAUUUACAUUGUGUACUAAGAAAAUUAAAAAGCUGCGAUUUUCUAGGCAGAUAUGGCUAGGAACUUUAGACGGUUUCAGCAGUAACAACAUAAACAAGCGGCUUGCGUGGUCAUCACGUAACUUCCGGUAAACUCCGCGAAGAAUAAAUAACAAUAAAGUCCUUUUAAAGUAGUUUAUUUAUAUAACAAGCAAAAUAAACAACACGUAGAUUACAUAGGAACGCAAAGCAUUUGUUAUUUUCGACGAGGUAUUUGUUUAAGAGUUUAGUUUUCAGCAACUAGUCAGACUAUUAAACAAACAGAAACCGGAAGUAAAGUUCGUAAUAAUCAGUGACUUUGCUGAUGUAACAUGGCUGCAGCAGGCGUAGUGAUUUUACGCACUGCUCGAAAAAAGUCCCCUGCCAUUGAAAGUAACCAAGGGGACUAUUUUCGCACAGUGCGUAAUCUCACUAAAUGGUAAAAAUCAAAUGUAUAACUCUAGGGGAGCUGGAAAAUUAGCAUAUUUUCAAAAAAAGUGGAAUGUCCCUUUAACACAUUAACCAAUUUUGAAAGCUGUAGCUCAGAAAUCUCUUAUCCAAACACAAACAGUCCAAGAGUUUCCUCACCUCAUUC